AUGUACCAUCCACCACGAGGAGGUGUAAGAGGUGGAAGGAUUUUAAAACAGUUCAUCACUAGCGAUGUAAAGACAGACAAGUAUCGAGAGAAUUAUUUGGGACAUUCAGUGCACGCUCCUGUUGGCAGAUGGCAACAAGGCAAAGAUUUGACAUGGUAUGCAAAAGAUGGAACGCCAAUAAGACCAGAGAAAGAGGAGAUUGACAAAGUUAAGGCGGCUGAAUCAGAAUUGAUGGCAUCUAUGCUUGGUGCUAAAAAACGUUCAAAGGUAUCGCAGUCAGCCCAGGAAGGCGUUGAUGAAACUCAGAAAACGGAUGAAACCGUAAAGGAACAGGAGGAUGAUGAGAUGACCAACGAAGAAAUUAGCCGAAGACAAGCUAAAGGAGAUGGUAAAACGAAAUCGAGGGAUGUUCGAACUCGAGAACGCCGAGAAGAAAAAGGAAAACGGGUACUUAAUGUUUCCUCCCCAUUAGGCGUGACCACAAAUCCGCACGUCGUAGAAGUAAAGAUAGAGAUGAUGACCGCCAUCGCCGGUCAUCUCGACGCAGUCCAAGUGAUGAAGAUCGAUUCCGACGACGGUCUUCCCGAAAAUCACGUAGUUUAA